CUGAGCAACAGCCCAUCAUAGCAGGAGCUUCCUCCUGGCCGACCCAGCAAUGCUGGCCACCCUCACCCUCCUCCUGGGGCUGCCGCUCACCCUUGCCACCGAGCCCCCCACCUGCGCCCCGCUCGUCCCGGUCACCUUCGACAACUCCACCAUCCCUGGGCUCCUGGGACACUGGAUCUACAUUUCUGGUGCCUCCAGGUACCCGCCUCACCUGGCAGAGCUGAAAGCGCUGAAACACGCGAGUUUUUCCAUCUUCCCCAGCAGCCAUGAGGAUGAGCUCAAUACCAUCGAAGUCCUGAGACUGAACGAGACGUGCGUGGUGAAGAACGUCAGCAAGAUCCACGUCUUUUGGCACAACUCCACCCUGAUGCACGUUGAUGACCAGACGGUUUCCAUAGCCAAAGUGAUCCAAAGUGACAAAGACCUGCUGAUCCUGAAGCACAUCAGCAAUGACUUCACGAGCCUGAGCCUGUCGGCCCGGACACCCAACGUGAGCAAGGAGCACCUGGAGGAGUUCAAAGCCCAGCUGCACUGCCUGGGCUUCACAGAGGAGGAGAUUUUCUCCACUUCUGAAAAGGAUGCCUGUCCCGGUGAGGAGACGGGCGAAGGCAACACGGAUCCACAGCCGGAGUAACCCCCACGGGCUGGGUCAGCCACUCCAUCCUCAUCCUCAUCCUCCUCCUCCAGCCCCUCCACAGGGAACUCCCUGUCCACAGCCCCGGCUGGGCUCAGCACAGCCUCAGGACUCGCUGUUGAGGUUUUGGCCUUUCCUUGCAAGUGAAACGCUCAGUUUCCCUGUUUUUGCCCAGACCUGAAAUAAAUGCCUGUGUUACAACC